AUGUUAGAAUCUUCGAAUAAGAAGAUAAAGGUCACUGAAACUUUGCCCGACGACCUGGUGGACCACAUCAUGUCGGUAUGUCUACCAAUUCAAUCUGUUUUACAAAAUCGUUCUGUAUCCAAAAAGUUCAAAGCCACAGAGAUUCGGUCCCGAGAUCUUGAUUUCAGCAAAAUCUACUCUGUAAGAUGCAGUCAACUAAGCGCUGUAAGCAUCAUCGAAAGCGUUUUUAAUCAGUACAAAGGCUCGGAGAUUAAUCGAUUUGUUCUACUUCUCAAUCACAUCGGUGUGGAAGACAAGGUACUCUCAUGGGUCAAUACAUGUCUUGGUAAAAACAUUCAAGAGCUUGUGUUGGAUUUCUCUAAAUCAAAUACAGUUUUCGAGAUCCCGGUUGAUUUCUCGGCCAUCGAGACGCUAACAGUCUUGAAGCUAGGAUGGUGUAAGUUCAAAAUACCGGAUAAUUCUCCAAAGGGUUUAAAGUUAUUGAAGAUACUUGUGCUAACGAAAAUUGAUAGAGUGACAAAAGAGAUGAUAGAUGCAAUAUUCACCAACUGCAUCCACCUCGAGACGUUUGAGCUAAUCAAAUGUCAAAUGUAUGGGAUAUUGAGCAUCAACGCUAGAAACCAUAAGAAGUUUAGGUUGCUAGUCGUUGAUUAUAUGCGGAAUCUCUUGGACAUUAAGUUGGAUUCACCUACUCUCGAAUGCUUCAAGUAUUAUGGAUAUGUCAGGAAGGUUGACUUUUCAAGAGUCUAUGCAGUUAAAGAAGCAGAAUUCCAUUAUAAGCGGAGUUACGAUUGGCAUUUUUACGACCCAUCUGAUAUGGUGCUGGCUAAUAUGAGAGCCUAUACAAGAGUUCAGUUCCUUGCAACGACAAACAUCUUUCUUGAGGCUUUCACGUAUAGAUACAUAGACGGAAACAUGAGAAAACCGACUUUCUGUUUUGGGAACUUACAAGAAUUUCAGAUAUGUUUUAAAGCUCCAUCAAUUUGCAAUCUUUUUGUCAUUGCUGGAUUCCUCAAUCAGUGCCCUAACCUCAAAAAGGUUUUGAUCGAUAUUAAGAAUUUCUCAUUUGAACCUGGUAUGUUUUGGAAGAUUCAUUAUACAGCUAUUCAGAAGAGGAACUGCCAGUUUAAAUCUAUCAGGGAAGUCGAGGUCAACGGCCAUAAAAGCCUUUGGCAUGAGUUUGAUAUAGUGGUGUUCGUUGUCAGGCACACAAGAUCUCUAGAGAAGUUAUAG